GAGCACAUCUCCGAUUUUCCGGAGCUCCUGCCCCUCUCCUGCAAUUCCCUCGAGAAAUCCAUCAGCAGGUGAGCAAACAGCCGCUCCUGCAGCACGCACUCAAAGCUGCCUCUCCUUUAGGUAGGUGCUACCACACCGAGGCCAUUUGUAGGAAUUUUACACAGCCAGACAAACAAAUGCCGAGCCUGAAGGAGACGCGGGAGCUGCGGGAAAAAGCCCUCCUGGAAGCAUCCUCACUGAUUUUCGCGUGAAAAGCAGCGCUGCUAAUUAGCGGGCUGGAUGGAGAGCGCCGUGAGACAGGCGCAGAGAAAGUCCCGUCACUUUAUUUGAUGCUUGCCUGCAUCUCGGGCUCGCCGAGGAUCAUGUGAGGCUGGGUUAUAAAUGGGGAGGGCUGUGAUGUAGCGCUGCCAGUGUGUAAGCCCGGCAGCUGCCGAGGGCUCUGGGCGCUGCUUUCCUGUGCUAAGCUGAUUUACUUGUUUAAGGUCUGACCUCAUCAUCCUGCCAGCAUGGAUUGCCACCUAUGCAGCGGGCAGCAGCGAGAGCUCCAGGUGCGUUAAUCGGGAGAGAGGGGGAGAGCUGCCGCUGUCUGUUCUUUUGUUGCCUUUUCUUAAGAAGAGAAACAGAGGAGAUAACAAAGAAUCCAUUUCCUUCCUAAAAGAAUAGGCGCCUUUUUUUUUUUUUUUUUUCCGCUGAAAAAUAAAAUUAAAAAAAAAUUAAAAAAUGUCAGUGUCAGGUAAGAAAGAGUUCGAUGUGAAGCAGAUCCUGAGGCUCCGCUGGAGAUGGUUCAGCCACCCCUCGCAGGGCUCGGCCGGCUCCGGGGGCUGCCACCAGCAGGAGGGAUACGAGCACAGGGGCACCCCGGUGCAGAGCAGGCUGAAGAGCCACUCUCGGGACAGAAACGGGCUGAAGAAGAACAGCAGCCCCGUGCACCACAACAUCCUGGCCCCCGUGCCGGGACCGACCCCGCUGCACCCCCGCUCCAUCCGCAGCUGGCACCAGCAGAGCCUGAUGGAGCAGCUGCGCUCCGCCGAGGACAGCCCCAAAAACGGCGCCCAGGAAAACCCCGGCAAGGAGGAUCCCCGAAAAGCCUCGCAGGAGCUGCAGAUGAUCACAGAGCAAAAUGCAGAUGAACCUGCUGAGAGGCUGUCCAGCACCAGCAGCUCUCUGGGGAUGAGCACCAAUGGCUCUGACGAGUUUUUCCAGUCCACCAACCACGCCGAGCAAACCUUCCGCAAAAUGGAGAAUUACCUGCAGCAGAAGCAGCUCUGUGAUGUGCUCCUGAUCGCUGGGGACCAAAAGAUUCCAGCCCACAGGCUGGUUCUCAGCGCAGUUUCUGAUUACUUUGCUGCCAUGUUCACCAGCGACGUGCGGGAAGCCAAGCAGGAGGAGAUCAAGAUGGAAGGAGUGGAGCCCGAGGCUCUGAAGGCUCUGGUGCACUAUGCCUACACAGGUAUCCUGGAGUUGAAGGAAGACACUAUAGAGAGUUUGCUGUCUGCUGCAUGCCUCCUGCAGCUCUCCCAGGUCAUUGAGGUGUGCUGCAACUUCCUCAUGAAGCAGCUCCACCCUUCCAACUGCCUGGGGAUCCGCUCCUUCGGGGAUGCCCAGGGCUGCAGGGAGCUCCUCAAGGUGGCCCACACCUACACCAUGGAGCACUUCAUAGAAGUAAUAAAAAACCAGGAAUUUCUUUUGCUCCCAGCUAAUGAAAUUGCCAAGCUCUUGUCUAGUGACGACAUCAACGUGCCAGAUGAGGAGGCAAUUUUCCAGGCCCUGAUGAUGUGGGUGAGGCACGACCUCCAAAACCGACAGAGAGACCUGGGGAUGCUGCUGUCCUACAUCAGGCUGCCCCUGCUGCCCCCCCAGCUGCUGGCUGAUCUAGAAAACAGCCCAAUGUUUGCAGAUGACCUUGAGUGCCAGAAGCUGCUGAUGGAGGCCAUGAAGUACCACCUGCUGCCAGAGAGACGCUCCAUGAUGCAGAGCCCUCGGACCAAGCCCAGGAAAUCCACAGUGGGUGCCCUCUAUGCUGUGGGAGGCAUGGAUGCCACCAAAGGCACCACCAGCAUAGAGAAAUACGACCUGAGGACCAACAGCUGGGCGCAGGUCGGGACCAUGAGCGGGCGGCGGCUGCAGUUCGGGGUGGCGGUGAUCGACAGCAAGCUCUACAGUGGGGGCAGGGACGGCCUCAAAACCUCCAACAUCGUCGAGUGCUUCAACCCCGCCACCAAGGCCUGGACUGUGAUGCCCCCCAUGUCCACGCACAGGCACGGCCUGGGAGUGGCAAUGCUGGAAGGACCAAUGUAUGCAGUGGGAGGCCACGAUGGCUGGAGCUACCUGAACACGGUGGAGCGCUGGGACCCGCAGGCGCGGCAGUGGAAUUACGUGGCCAGCAUGUCCACGCCACGCAGCACCGUGGGGGUGGCCGCCCUCAACAGCAAGCUGUACGCAGUGGGAGGCAGAGAUGGGAGCUCCUGCCUGAAGUCCAUGGAGUGCUUUGACCCUCACACGAACAAGUGGAGUUUAUGUGCCCCCAUGUCCAAGAGGAGAGGAGGAGUCGGUGUGGCCACCUACAACGGGCUCCUGUACGCGGUGGGAGGGCACGAUGCCCCUGCCUCCAACCACUGCUCCCGCCUGUCCGACUGCGUGGAGAGGUACGACCCCAAAACGGAUGCCUGGACCACGGUGGCCCCGCUGAGCGUGCCCCGGGACGCGGUUGGGAUCUGCCCCCUGGGGGACCGGCUCUACGCCGUGGGGGGCUACGAUGGCCACUCCUACCUGGCCACUGUGGAGUCCUACGAUGCUCAGAACAACGAGUGGACAGAGGAAGUUCCUGUCAACAUUGGCAGGGCUGGAGCAUGUGUUGUUGUUGUGAAGUUGCCCUGAGGACUGGAAAUUAUCAUGAAACUGAACUGAAGGGGGUCUCAGAAGCCAAGAAACAUUUCCAGGACAGUACAGACUGCACACACCUCAAAGGCCUCCCUUACAGACAAUAUUUAUCCCUGAGCCAUCACACCACUACAGCACAGAAGUGUCUUCCUGCAUCCCCAAAAUCAGAAAACUUUGCAGAAGUGAAUUACUUUAUUAUGCCUAAUACAUAAAAUCCAGUGAAAUGGUUUAAAUGUUUGAAUGGUUCAGGUUUGUUACAAAAAUGUAUCUGUUAUUUAUAAAAUGCAGCAGUGGGAGAUGUGUACAAGAUUUUAAAAAACUUUUUUCCUUUCUAUGUUGUCAGGAAUGCUAAAGUUUAUAAAAAAACUUUUAUAUUUUAAGGAAAUUAAAAUGACUGUGAAACACCUCCAACAGGGAACUGCACAAAAAGAAAUAUUUGCUCUUAAAUAUUACUGUCAACAGAAUACUCUCUGCAGAAGCACUUAAUUUCUAUAUUCAGAAAUUAAACUCCUAAAUUAACUUUAAAAUCAAAUCAGAGAAGCAGACAAUUUGUUUAUUUGUCAUCCAGCACUGCUAGACUGUCACAGAACAUCCAUUUUUAGCAGUGUAUUAAACUGAAUAAUGCAAGUUAAGUUGAUGUAGGGUUAAGGCACCUUUAUGCUAUUGUGUGCCAGCAGAAAGAAAUCUUUGUCAAAACAUAAUGCAAAUAUAAUUUGCAAUCAUUUUUGGUGCAUAGAAAUGUGAUAUUUCAAUGCUGCUCUGUGUGUCAGGUUGUUCCUGGAUUUUUCUUUGCCCACUAACCAGUGGUAAGUGUUAAACUAAUCUGACUAUUCUUGGGAUAAUAACUGUGCAUUAAAAUUUUAAAACAAUCACAUAAUUACAUUCCUUGAAUAUAACUUACAAAAUGAAAUGUUUAUAUCAUAUUGAUAUGACAAUCUUUGAGCUCAGCUGAAGAUUACCAGCUUUCUCUCAUGUACAGUAGAAAAAUGGUGAGGAAUAAACCACACCCACUGUGUACCAUUAGAUACCAUUUAUGUAAAAUUUAUGUUUAUGUUCUACCUGGAAUUAGUGGAAUGAUAAGAAUCAAGAACAAACAGGAAAAGGAAAACAGCACAUAGUAUUCCACAUGCAUGAUAUUUUUCUUUUUGUGUGCCAAUUUCUACUGUUUUGCUUUAAUUUCGUUUUUUAUAAUUUCAAAUGCUGAAAGUGUAUUCUAGAAAAAAGAAUGUAUGUAAGAUACUCUAUGCUGUAAAGCACAAUAUUUGCUCAGUAUCCACCUCAGUGCUUGUUAUGUUGUUGUUCUGUCAGUAUCAGAAAAUUCAGGACAGAGGCAAAAGUCUCUGAAUGUGUAGGCCAACUUUCCUGAUAGAAUACUGUGGUUUCAGAUUUUAGCAACAUGCUAUUUUAAAACAAAUUUAUAGUAUUAAACCUAUUGAAUGCCUCUAAAGAAAAAAAAAAAUCUCAUCAGCAUAUUUAUAAAAAGAAGACAUUUUUAACUUUAAAAAUCAAUUAUGUUUAUAUAUAUAGCAUGCUACAUUCAAAUAAACUUUACUUUCUCUGCU